ACUGUCUUCUCCUCGUGGAUACUGUGAGAGCUUUACACAGUUGCUCUUAUCACUCACUGCCUCGAGGCUCUGUUUACCUAAUGAUUGUCUUACAUUCGAUGACUCGCCUCUUUGUUCCUUCCCUUUGCCUACCGAUGAUGAUUGCUUACUCAUGGUGCUCAUGUAGUGGUUCUGUGCCCCUGAUGUGCACCAAAGAACGGAAAGCAUGGAGAAACAUGAAACAUCAUCCAUAACCUGGAAGCUGGGGUCCGAAAUAGGACGAAUGCAACGCUAGGACGCAUGGACACGGAGCGAGCAGCAAGACUGAAUAUGAAAUCUUGCGAGAUUUUGUUGAUGAUCGCAGUUUCAUGCGUGCGAGACAUUUUUCAAGGAGAUGAUGCAUGUCGUGUCUUCCAUAAGGGCUCCCUCUUUCUUUUUGUCGGAAAUACCCAGCUGGUGUAUAGGAGGCCCUCGAAGUGCUCCCAUAAUAUGAGAUAUAGGUAACAUGCGUGCUACGGAGUACCUGCCUGUAGGAAGAGUUUGAGACUACACUAGUGGCUAUGUAUAAUGAUUUGCAGCAAGAGGGGCACUUCUGCAUGUGCUGACCCAACCUCCACAGCAAAAGGUCGACGCUGGUGUCAUCUUGCCUUGGGUAAUUCUGUUGGUUACACGGUAGAGCUUCAAGGGCAAAAGGAAGAGACUCCGACACCCCGUGAUCUUCACCUUUAGCCUAUCCUUACCAGCUCAUGGUUGAUAUUCGGGAUUUGUAUUUGUGCCAUUUUCUUCAGUUUACAUGAGACUGGAUCCCGGACGAACAAAAGAUCAACAUCAGUUUCGCCGGCAAAUAUUAAUAGAAUCGGCUGACAGUGCCUCUCGUCUGCUUUGCUGUGCCGGUUGGUGCUGAUCGAAGGGUGCACCCGGACCACAGAAUUGCAUCCCAACAACGUCAUCUUUCUGGAAAAGUCCACGAGCAGCUUGAACAGAGGUUGAGCGUGAGCCCCUGAGGAUUGGCUCAGGGGUCCCAAGGGGGCGACGGGGAUUGAGCAACAAGCCCGGAUUGGCUGGUCUGGGAGCGAGGCGGGAGUGCCUGUAUCGUUCCAUCCACUCAGAGACCGUCUUUGUGCUCCAGGUCUCCGCCGAGCGUCCCCAGCCGCUAGCGUAGGCGAUGCCCUGCGCCAGGCGCUGAUGAAUUCCCACGGGCAUAGAACUCCUGGACACCGGACCUGCAGUUCUCUUCUCGCCAGGCUUGACCCGGUCGCAUUAAACUUUAUCUCCUCCACCUCUGUCAUCCACAGACAAACCGAAUCCACGGUCACGGAAAGCAUCCUUCGCAUAUCGGGCACAGCAUCUCUUUUUCUGCUUGUCUUUCUUUUUGCUCCGUUGUAGUUAUCAUCGCAUUCGCUUGUUCAAGCGUGCACCUCCGAGGCGCUGCUCUUUCGUCCUGCUAGGUGCUGGGGGCACUUUGCUGGGCUGACCAGGGACCCCCUCAAAAAUAAAAAAAAGACAGGAGGUUGAACCUGAAUCUGUCCCGUCCAAAAACCGAACCCGCUGCGCGCCCGCUCCACCACGGCGAGCGAACCGAUGCUUUCCCAGCCUUCUCGAGACACGACCGCCGACGACAUUCCCGACUCCCGCACCUCUCCUCGUUGGAGCCCACGUUGCCCACCCAGCUAACUCCGCAGUCGUCCGCGUCCACCAGCUCCGUUCGCCCUCUCCCACCUGCAGGCUCCCGUCCGUAGCGGUCCCUGAUCAAUUUGCCCGGUCAAUUGACGACGUGUGCCUACGCCUGCUCCUGGCGACACUGUAGUCCGGCCAGCAGUUCUACGGUGCCAUUAUGGCCUUCCUCUUCAAGUCCAAGAAGAGUCACGACCGGUCGCUUGCCAGUCGGGAUGGAUCACAGGGCUCGGCGUCGGGCAUGGGUGGCGCGGCGGCGCGCGUCAGAGAUGAGAAGGGGUCACGAUCAACACCCACUGGCAGCUUAACCUCCCUCGAUGUCGACGGCAGCAUUGGUAGUCCCGAUCAAUCUUAUGCUCGCCAGCGAGGCCAGAGUCUGGACCAGCAACAACCGACACCUCCUCAGCUGCAGCAACCGCCAUCGAGCGACUUACCGCUGCGCAACGGUCCUCCUCCUACACAAAUGGCGCCGAAUCCCAAUGCCUCGCUAUACCCAUGGUCUCAGCGCCGACUAACCUACACGUCCUCGCAUCCCAGCCCGUUCCCAAGAUAUGGCGCCGCUGUCAAUGCCGUCUCCUCGAAAGAGGGUGACAUAUACGUAAUGGGCGGUUUGAUCAACAGCUCGACAGUGAAGGGCGAUCUGUGGCUCAUUGAGGCCGGGGGAAACAUGUCUUGCUACCCACUAGCUACCACAGCUGAGGGCCCAGGGCCUAGAGUCGGACAUGCCAGUUUGCUCGUAGGGAACGCUUUCAUCGUCUUUGGUGGAGACACCAAGAUCGAAGAAACAGAUGUUCUCGAUGAGACCUUGUAUCUUCUCAACACAUCAACGAGACAGUGGUCGAGAGCUUUGCCGGCCGGACCACGACCCAGCGGACGUUAUGGACACUCGCUGAAUAUUCUGGGGUCAAAGAUUUACAUCUUCGGUGGUCAAGUGGAGGGUUAUUUCAUGAAUGACCUUGCCGCUUUUGACCUGAAUCAGCUGCAGAUGCCCAAUAACCGCUGGGAGAUGCUCAUAUCAUCAACUGAGAGUGGUGGACCACAGGGCAAAAUCCCGCCAGCCAGAACGAACCAUUCCGUGGUGACAUUCAACGACAAACUUUACUUGUUUGGUGGUACCAAUGGAUACCAAUGGUUCAACGACGUCUGGGCAUAUGAUCCCGCUGUCAACACUUGGUCGCAACUAGACUGUAUAGGGUACAUUCCGUCUCCCAGAGAAGGCCACGCUGCUGCUAUCGUCGAGGAUGUCAUGUACAUCUUCGGCGGCAGGACGGAGGAGGGUGCGGAUCUGGGUGAUCUUGCCGCAUUCCGGAUCACUUCUCGCCGCUGGUACACUUUCCAGAACAUGGGCCCAUCCCCCUCGCCGCGGUCCGGACAUAGCAUGACAGCAGUUGGAAAGUCCAUUAUUGUGGUCGGAGGAGAACCAAGCUCGGCUCAAACAGCAGUCAACGAUCUCGCGCUUGUUUACUGCUUGGAUACCACAAAGAUUCGCUAUCCCAACGACGCAGGCCCUAGCCAGACUUCACCUAGAAAUCAACAACGACGACCUAGCGAUGCCACUCCACAAAUCACCCUGAGGAAUGUGUCUCCACGCGAUGGUUCGAACGGCCCGCCCGAUAGUCGACGCCCACCAGGAGGUCCUGGUCCCAAUGGAUAUCGGUCACCUAAUGGCCCUGCUGAAGCGAGCCCGACGGGAGGACCACCAAGCGGUCCUCAAAAAGCUCGAUCCGCGGGUCCUAUGGGCCCAGGGGGUCCAUCUGGUGCCCCUCCAUCUGGACCACCUCCCCAAAUUCAACCGCCAAAACCUGGCCCUCCAGGUGGAGCACCCCGACCUGCCAGGAAUGCCUCAACGGAGCGAGGCGACCAGCCCCAGGGCUCCCCAAUCACAUCGGCACCGCCGCAGCAGGUUGCGGCGUUGAAAGAAGGCGAAGGACUUGGCGCAACUGGCCGGCGCACUCCGACAAGUCAGAAUCCUAACCCGCCCCGGUCUUCUUCAAGACAAGCUGAGGGACAGCCUGCCGAUGCCGCGAGAUCCAAAACAACGAGACAAGGACGCGGGCAAGGCUCCGUAGAUAGUACAACGGAGCCAGCUCUCAAACCAGCUCCGGCUCGCCCAGCGUCCCCACCACCGCCUACCCGACAACCCAGCAAUCCUAUAUCUCGAAGGUCUUCCGCCCGGAACUCUCAAACGGUUACACUUCUAAAAGAGCUGGAUGCCGCAAGGAACCGCAACGCAUGGUACGCCUCCGAACUGGAGUUAGCGCGCAAGGCUGGCUAUUCACCCAAUGCGUCACUGAGCCCAAUCUUGGACAGCCGUGCCGCGGAAACAUUUGAUGAUGAAGAUAAACCCUUGAUCGAAGCUCUUCUUGCUAUGCGGCAAGAGCUUGCCAACGUACAAGCCUCGGUCGACAAGCAGGCAGUUCUGGCUGCCCGACAAAUUGCUGAAGCAGAGAAGCAGCGAGACGCAGCCAUUCAGGAAGCCAUUUAUGCCAAAGCGAAACUAGCUGCGAGGGGUGGAAGCGCCAGAAGCACACCACAGCUCGAUGACAAGGAAGUAGGAGAUCGUGCCAAUGAGAUGAGCAAGAAGCUCGCACAUGCUCUCAGUGUACAAAAAGAGCUUCAAGAUCAGCUGGAGCGCAUCAAGACCGACUUUGACGCCGAGAAGAAGGCGCGCAAACUGGCAGACGACACGGCAAAUGCGGCGCAAAAGCGAAUGGCAGAUCUCGAGAGUUAUAAGCAGCAAAACGCAUCCGAAGUCGAACGGCUCAAGGCUGAGUUGCACAUGGCUCAGCGUGAGGCCCGGGAACAGUCUGUUGCGGCAGCGGAAGCGGUGGCGGCUACACAAAUGCUACGUGUUGAGAAGGAAGAAUAUGAGCAGAAGUAUAAUCACCUUGUUGGAAGCAAUAAAGACCAGGUCGACACCUUUGAGACUUUCCGUGGCGCGCUCGCAGCUUCUGAGGAGAUCAAGGCUUUGCUUGAACGGAAGCUGGAGGAGGAACGCGCGCUCAAGGAGAAGAUCGAAUCGAAGCUCAGCAAACUGAAAGCCGAGCAUGAGACUCGUACAGCUGAACUUGUUUCAGCAACACAACGCUUACGAGAUGCCGAAGAGCUGGCCGAGAAACAUGCCAGUGAGGCAAAGCUGCAGCGCCAGGCUUUGUUGUCAGGCCUCGACAAGAUGUCUGCCAAAGAUGUUUCAAAAUCUGACAAGGCUGAUCAUGACCGCAUCCUUGCUCUGCAGGGUCAACUUAACGCUGCCAACGCGCUGGUAAGGAAGUAUCAACAGGAGGCGGACAGUGCGGCAGACAAGCUUCGGGGAGCCGAGGAACGAAUUGCAGGGCUGGAGGCAUACCAAGAACAGGCAAGCAGAGAGGGUGUUUCCAUCCGCCGACAGCUCCAGGGAGCUUUGAGGGAGACCCAGAGUCUUCAAGCCGCAAACUCGGAGUUGAAGCAGCAAUUGUCGAAGCAGCAGCUUGAGACAAAUGCGGUCGUCGUCCAACACAACACACUCAAAGACAUCCUUGUCGAGCGAGGCAUCUCACCUUCCUCCGCGACCCGUGCGCGUAAUAGUCCGCGCGGCAGUCCUCGGGAAGCUUCACCUGAGCGGGCCCGUGUUCGUGAGUUGGAGCAGCAACUUGCAACUGCCCAAAAUGCCCUUGAAGAGACAAAAGCACAGGCAACCGAGAAGCUCGUACAGCUUGAAAACGACUACCAGUCUGCCGUACAAUACGUCAAGGGGACCGAGAAGAUGCUCAAGCAACUCAAGGAUCAGCUGACACGCUACAAGACUGAGAAUGGCCGUCUGAAGGAACAGGUAGUGGAAUUGGAGGACAAGCUUGAGGCUGGAGGUGGUGCUUCCAAGAGCGGCCCCACAGACUGGGAAUCUGAGAAGGAGACCUUGUCGGCCGAGAUUGGAAGAUUACAAGCUGAGCUCAAGAACACGGCGAGCCAGCUCGAGAAGCAAGUUCUGUCCAUCCGUCAAGACCUGGCAGAAGUUCAGAAGGAGCGAGAUGUCGCCGUCAAGACCAGCGAGGACGCAAACCGACGCCUUGAGGCCCAUAAGAAGGACCUGGAGCAGCUGCAGCAGGAGAAUAUCCUCCUCGAACGCCGAGCCCAGGAUGCCGAAAACAAGGUUAGCACACUUCUUGAUCAGGUGGAGCUGAGCGUCGACAACUACCGCCGACGAAGCAGACAGGCCCCCAGCCUCAACUCCGAGACUAUUGGAUCCAACGCCGCCUCUGGACCCGGCGGUACCAACGGAGGAAGCAGCAGUGCUGGCCUGGGUCAUAACAGGCAAGAAUCGGGCGGGUCUGAGAGCCUGUACGGUGGCGUGCCCGGUGAACGUGAGGUUAACAGCGUCGGCGGUGUCGGCGAGCGAAACAGCAAAGCGCUUGACAGCCUCGCCCACGAACUCGACAACUUGCGCAACCAGUGGGAAGCGACUAACAAGCAAUACCGACUGAGCACAACGCAGUAUGAAUAUGAGACCAACCCCAUCUCUCCGGGUGGAAAGCCAACCAGCACUGGGCUGAGCGAGAGUUUGGCCGACUGGAGGAAACGACUUGACGAGAGCCACCCCGGUAGCCCUGGCGAGGCGAGAUGAAUUGAUGGAUGGAUAGAUGAAAAAGGAAGGAGAAAAAACUGGUUUGUUUUUUUCUUGUUCAAGGAAACACGAAGCAUGCAUGGCAUGAAUUCACAUUGGGCAAUGUUCAUCUACGCACCUACACACGACCAUGUACACAACUACGCAUACCACACCACACCAAACCGUCUCUCUUUUGACACAACGGGGAGGGGCAUGUAACACCUUGAUUUUUGGCUUUAGAAGUGUUGGGGUGGAAGGAAGGAGGACAGGGCAAAGGAUUAUUCGGGUUGAUUAUUUUUAUUAUCUUUUUUGGCUUUUUUCUGUUUCCCCAUUCUCUCUAAUCUCCUUUCUCCUUUCGAUGGUAUGGGUUCGGCUAUACAUUACACGCCCACCUUUUCUACAAUGGGGAAACCUUUUUUCUUUUCUUGUCAUCUUGACCUCAUUUGCUGUUGUUGUUGCUGCUGGUGCUGCUGUAGUUGUGGCUUGAAUGUUUUUUUUUGUCUUGGCAUAACGUUUGCUGCUUGCUGCUUAUUGUUGCUGAGAGGGUUUUGAUAUGGGGAGAGCGAGUUAUGGCACGCACACACAGAGCUUUAUGUAUGGCACGGCGCGCGCGCGAAAUUAAAAUAAUACAUGCUGUCUCUUUUCUAUUGUUGUUCAAUUACUACUCCUGAUAGUCUGCAAGGCGAUGUGAAGGAUCAGAAAGUGGAAAAAGAGCAAUAGCUGCAUGAGGAGAAAAACUGCAAGAGGAAUUUUGAACUAAGAGUUGGUUUUGCUAGCUGGAUUAGUUUGUGUUUGAAUAUAUGGAAGGGGAAAGGGAUUGG